UGAGAGGCGGGUUCGGGCUCUGGCGCCCCACGGCAGCCGAGGCGGCGCGCGAGAAGGCACCAAAAUAUCAACAGAAUGGCAGAUUGCCAGUGCUUGAUCCAAAGGAAAAAGUGAUGAUUGAACCAAAUGAGGCAAUGUCAGAUAAAUGCCUCUUUAGACGCAGACCAAGAUUGGCAAGCAAACUUUCUAUGUCACCAACACAGGUCUCUCUAACUGUAUCUAAGACAGCCUCAAAAAAGAAGGGCAUCUCUUCAAGAAAUGUUGAAAAUAAAGUCUCUUUAAAGAAUGCUGAAAACAGAGUAUCUUCAAAGAGGAUUGAAAAUAAAGCUAUAGAAACAAAUCUACAGUCUAAGCUAUGGUCAUCUUCCUUCGUAAAAGAAAACACAGCUUUAGGUGAAAUGAACAAAGAUGUAAUCAUUGCAGAGCGGAAGGAAAAGAAUGGAUAUUGCCCUCAGGAGAUUGAUGAUAUCCAGUUGUCUGAAUCAACAGACGAUGAUGAUGAAGAUGAUACCACUGAUGAAGAUAAUGAGGAAGACGGGAACACUAAUAAGGAUACUCAUGCCCCGUUAGAGUUAAUGACAGAAUUCCUGAGAGCAGAAAUGGGCCAAGACUACCAUUUGGCAAAAAAGUUAUGUCAGAUGAUCCUAAUCUAUGAACCAGAAAAUCCUGAGGCCAAGGAGUUUUUGUCACUUAUUGAAGAAUUGUUGCAGAUGGAGAAAGCUCAGAAUCUUGAGGAAGAUGAUGAAGAGAGCGAAGAAGACAGUAGUGCUGCGAGUGAAGGAGAGAGCAGUGAGGAGCCAAGUGAAGAAAGCUCUGAUGAAUGUGAAGAUGGGUGAUGACAGUUGCUUACUAGAGUUUAACCUUCAUGUAUGUUCAUUACCGUAUACUUUGGAAAUAUAAAGAGAAGAGCUGCAUUGCAGUCUAAUUGUUCUUUA